CAAGAAGCAACAACGUGAUCAUCUCUCCCAGGACGAAGACUUCCUCCACAAGCCACUCUUUCGCUCCAACUAGAGGCCACAUUAUUUCACACUGAAUUACGCGGUUUUGGAGAAAGUAGCAACGGUGCUGAUUCAUCAGAAUGGUGAACCUCAUGAAGGGAGAGGAAGUCAUUCUGUACCAGGAGAAGAAAGGUGCAUUAGGAGUAAAAAAUAAUUAUGUUUAUCAAGAGAACAUCAGAUCGUUUGUGCCAUUGGAAUGUAAAGAAGAGGACCACAAUAGCAGCGAGAGGCAUAUUGUGGGAUGGCUGCGGGAUGUGUUCCUUCCUAAGGGUUACCCAGACUCUGUGUCCCCAGACUACCUUCACUACCAAAUGUGGGAUACAAUACAAGCUUAUUGCAGCAGCAUCGCAGGUGCACUAAGCCUUAGAGCAACCUUUGAAGGUUUGGGAGUGGGAGAAGGAGCAGCAACAUCCCUUGCAGCAACAUUAACAUGGCUAUUGAAAGAUGGAUCAGGAAUGAUUGCCUCCAUUGCAUUUGCCUAUUGGAGAGGGUCACAGCUAGACUGCAAUAGCAAGCAGUGGCGUCUCUUUGCAGAUGUAGCAAAUGAUACUGGGCAUCUUCUAAGGCUCUUGGGCCCUCUGCUACCUGUUCCUUUCUUGGCUGUAAUGUGUGUCUCAGCUGUGAUGAUGGCUUUAGUUGGAGUGGCAGGAGGAGCCACACGUGCUGCCCUUACUCUGCAUCAGGCACGCCGUGACAACAUGGCAGACGUAUCCGCUAAAGACGGAAGCCAGGAAACCCUUGUGAAUUUGGCUGCCCUAGUCACUUCUCUCACCAUAUUACCUCUCAUCAUAUCAAAUUUCUUAGUAACCUGGGUGACCUUCAUCCUGUGUGUGGUUAUGCACCUCCUGGCCAACUAUCAAGCAGUACGAUCAGUCAGAAUGGAAAGUCUCAACAGACCUCGCCUUUUAUACACUUUAGAUAAGUGGACAACGAGUGCAAGUAUUCCCGGGAUAGAGGAGACUAACUUAUCAGAGCCUCUGCUUACUGGGGCAGCAUUCAUUCCAGAUUUCUUUCCUCAUGGAUUUCGAGUCAGACUUGGUUGCUCUUUAACUGAAGCUCUUAACCAUUGUUGGAGCAGUGAAAAGAGCAAGAAAGACACUUAUCUGAAUAUUACAGAAACAUUUACAAUGGAAAACUAUAUAGUGUGUGGGAACCUAACCCAAAAACAGAUAUUUAUUAUCUACAAACAAGAACUGACAACUAAACAAGAAUUGAAGGCCUUUUUUGUGGCCUACCUAUGCAUACUGAACUUUGUUCAUAUUAAGGAGGGUGUUCAAGUAUCUGCAGAAUUUGUUGCUGAGGGUUUGACAGAGUCCUCUGAUGUGGACAACAUUAUCCCACAUGUGAAGGUGUAUGCACAGAGGCUGUUUCCAUCAUUCCUGCUGGAGCUCAGUGCUAAAGGGUGGAAUGUCAGUCGGCUUCUUCUUGCUGCAGGUGAAUGGAGGUUGGCAUAAGGCAUAGGAGCAAGGGACAGCCAGUUGCUUCAAUUUUCUAGUUUCUUUGGGGUAUUGCUGAUGUAUUUUGUAUGGAAUAUUUUGGAAGAAAGGAUGUAACAAGACAAA